AUGAGUAUUCGGCAUCCAGUGCUCACGUCAGCGCCCCAAAGAAAAUUGCUCUUUCCUCUUGUCCUCUCGGUCCACCCUCAUUUGCACCAUAACAAAGGGACAAACGAACGCAAGAUGAGCGCCAACGUACCAAUCAACGCUUCCAACAUUACCGCACCAACUCCACAGAACACGCCACUCAACCAUGCCCCAAUCUCGCAGGGCUUGUCGCGACCAACGGUACCAGACAUCUCAGAGGAGCCGGAUGCGGAGGUUGCUGAAGAGAUCAGCACCCUUGGCGCCGCUGGAGUCCAGAGCGCGAUGUUGGGGAUGGUCCAAGGGAAGCUCGCUGGCCUUGUCGGUCGUAGCUCUGGAUAUGUCGAAUCACUGCCCGUGCCUGUGCGGAGAAACGUCGAGGGCUUGAAAGGCAUUCAGAUCAAGCAGACGGAGCUGCAGAACCAGUACAAGAGAGAGUGCUUGGAACUGGAACGAAAGUACCUUGAGCUACAAAAGCCUCUCUAUGCACGACGCCACGAGAUCAUCAUCGGGACAUCGAGCGCUACCACUGAAGAAAUCGAAGCGGGAGAUGCUGCUGCCAAAGCUGAAGACUCCGACUAUGAGUCGGUACCCGCAGCAACGGAUGACGAUGAAGCCGUCAAAGGCAUCCCAGAUUUCUGGCUGACUGCGCUGAGGAACCAUCCUGGUCUUGCGGAGCUCAUCACGGAGCGUGAUGCGGAGGCCUUGGCCUAUCUCAAGGACAUCACAUUGAGCUAUCUGCCCAAGACAGGCGAGGAGGGCGAAUUAGCCGGCAAGCCAGGUUUUACAAUUACCUUCCAUUGGAACGAAAACCCGUUCUUCACGGACGCAACGCUCACCAAAACCUACAUCUACCAGGAAGAGGUCGGAUAUAGCGGCGACUUCGUGUACGACCGCGCUGUCGGGAGCAAGAUUGCAUGGAAAGAGGACAAGGACCUUACCCGCGAGUGGGAAAUCAAGAAGCAAAGGAAUAAAAACACCAACCGCACUCGCCUCGUCCGCAAAUCCCACCCGACAGCAUCGUUCUUUAACUUCUUCUCCCCUCCGGUUAUGCCCAGUGACGAAGACAUCGAGAGCGGCGAUGUAGAUCCGGAUGACCUCGAUGAAAUUGAAGAUAGACUGGAGGUAGACUACCAGGUUGGAGAAGACCUCAAGGAAAAGAUUAUUCCCCGAGCAGUCGACUACUUCACUGGGAAAGCACUAGAAUAUGAGCUUGUCGACAGCGACGACGAGUUCGAUGAAGACGACGAUGAAGAUGAAGACGAGGAGGGUGACGAAUUUGACGAGGACUCGGAUAGCGAUGAUGAUGCUCCUGCCCGUCGCAUUCCGCCUUCCAAGCGACGUGGUGGUGGCCCUGCUGGUGGAUCUGGGUCUGCAAACGUCAACCCCGAAGAGUGCAAACAACAGUGA